GAGAGAGAGAGAGAGAGAGACAUGGCCCCUGCUACUGCUAGCAACUUCUUCCACCCACAGCACUCGGUUGUAAGCUACAAUUACGACGACGGGUCGUCGACCUACAACUGCGCCGCGUGCAAGCGCAUAGUCACCGGCACCGGCUACCGCUGCGACGAGUGCGACUUCAACAUCCACGAGGCGUGCUUCAGCCUCCCGCGGUCCAUCUCCUUCGACCAGCACCCCGAGCACAAGCUCACUCUCACCCGCCUGACCGCCAGCCGCUCCUGCGAGGUCUGCAAGGACACCUCCCACGAGGGGCGCUACCUUUACCGCUGCGUGCCGUGCAGCUUCCACGUGCACCCGCGGUGCAUACCGGCGCUGGAUGAUGGGGCCCAGCACCAGCAGCCGUCGCCGCCGCCGCCGCAGGGUUGGGGACAGAAUGUGGCCCACACCGCUCUCAAGUGGGGCAUCAAGGCCAGCCUCUAUGGCGCCAACGUGGCGACCGGCGGGGUCCUGUCGCCAGUAGUCGACGUCUUACAAACGGCGGCUGAUGCUCUCUAGUACAGCAGAUAGGCAUGCAUGUUGGCACCGUUAGCUG